UAAUGUACACAUAACUCUUAACUUCACUAAAAAGGAAAUAAUUGUCACGAUCACAUACACUAUAAUUCAUUACAUGCUUAAAUAAGUUCCAGCAUAGAUACGAUUAACUAAACAAAAACACAGUAGUGACGAAUAUACAGUAUGUACCAAGUGUACUUUUUCGUUUAUCUUUUCAUGUCAAUCGUAUCAACGGCGCCCGUGCCACUUCAUACUUCUGUAAGUAAUAUUCGACAUGCUUCCUCCGAUAAUUUGACAGAUGAUAGGAAUGGGUCUUGUGGUUUUAACUUUCCCUCAUCUGAUACUGACAAAGCUCGAAGUAAAUUUAAAGAUUACAGAUCUGAUAAUACGGUUUCAGUCAUUUAUCUCUAUCUAAAAGGGAACAGUUCUGAUGAAAUAAAGCUGAAAGAAAAUCUGCCGGAAGGGACAUAUCGAAAUGGUCUACAAGAAUGGAUUUGGUUAAAAAAGGAAAUGAUGUAUGGGCAAUUGUCCCGACCGAUAGAUUCCGAUUCUCUUACUUUUACGAUAACUAAAGACGGAACAAAAAUAAUGGACAUUCCUUGGUCGUUAUCAGCAAGCUGUUAUUUAAACUACGAAAUUGAAUAUGAGAAUGAAACAGAGUAUAUUGUGAACUAUUUAUGGUCCAGUAUUACAAAAAAUGAGACUGGUUCUUUGCUGUGUCAUCGUUCGUUUCAUGAUAAAACCUUAAUAGGAACUACAGCUAUUUGGAUUGUUUUUACUGUAUGGAUUGGAUAUGAUUACGAUUGUUUUUCCAUCGAUUCGUUAAUGAAUGGAGAUUUUGAAGUAACAGAACAAAGCAAAUAUGACAUAACCAAAAUGCUGACUGUCGUCCUUGGAUUACUUGCUUACAUGCAUCCUUUUAUCAUUCAUCUGUUAGAAAUUGUUCAGCCAAAUAAAACUACUGACCUGCAUAAAUACUACAAAAAUAAGGAACAAUAUCAGAAACCGUAUGGCUUAACUCGAAUCAUGCGAAAGAUAUUUUACUCACCGUGGCAUGACAUAGAAUCACGAACAGAUAAAGCAGUAAAGUAUGCACCUAUUGUUCGGUUUUAUUUUUUUUGCACUUUAAUUGUAUUAGGACUCAACUUAUAUAAACUACUUAAUAUUAAGAACGAAUUAUUUGAAAAGAACGAGUACGUAAACUUCCCAAAAAUUUAUAGAUAUGGAAUUCCAGAAUAUCAAUAUUUUAAAUAUAUCCCAUGGUUGCCUGUUACAAUAUCGAUUAUAUCAUAUUUUGUAUGCAAUGUAUGGAUAUAUAUUCUUUAUAAUGAAAAUGAUGAUUUUAUCAUUUGCUUAGGUAAAGAUACUGGUUGCCGAAAGUGUUCGUACUCUUCAUUCUGUGUCCGCAGCAAAUAUAUAUUCUUUAUUCCUGUGAAGGACAUAAUGGAGACUGAGGGUAAUUUAGCCCAAAACCAAUGGAUGUUGAAUGCAUGUAAAAAGUUGAUUUUUCGUUUCACAAUGCUUUUUUCUCUUCAGUUUUGGCGUUUUAUUUUCACAUACUCAUUUUGUUCGGUGGACACAAGGGGAGAGGUUUCGCUGGAUAAAUGCCGUAAAAUCCUUUUGUUUCUGUCUUAUAAUGUACUUAUUGGUACCUUGUUAUUCGUUUUGAACGCUUUUAUAAACAUUUUGUUUUGUUCAAUGCCUGCAAUAUGGUUUAUAUUUUUUCCAUUAUUUUUGAAAUGUCGAAAUUCUUGUUGCCAAAAAAAACAUGAAAAGACCAUGCAAACUGAAAAUAGAGGUUAUGGCAGUGCGACAAUUACAGAAAGUAUAAUCUCUAAAAUGAAUUAUACUGAAAUGUAUGUAGCUGAUGAAAUUACACGCUCUCAUUCAGAAAAUGUAGAUAUUGAACAGUACCAAGCCGACAGUAGUAAAAGGCCACAUGCUGAAUAUAGGGAAAAUGACCACAAACAAGCCAGUAGCAAAAUAAAUUCAUCGAAUGAAAAUAUAGAUUCUGAGAAAGUUCGAGCCACAGAGAUACAAACCUCACAACCCAAAAGUGGCAACAAAUCGAAAGACAGUUGUUCUUCAUGCGAAUGGUUCUUUAUGACCUUUUUGUGGGUAAUCUAUGCGUUAACUGUAAGAGAACAUGCUUAUUUUUUUGUUUACAUAGAACGAUCUUUUGCCUAUACAGUCAUUGCUGGCUUUACAGGACCAGAGCAUGUUUGGGGAUGGUAUUUAGUUGUUAUAUUUUCAUUCGGGUAUAUUGCCACAUAUAUCUUAGAGUUUCUUGAAUCUUAUACAGUUCUUUUGAAUACCAUAUUUGAUAUUCGAGAGAAAAACAUUAUUAUUCUUCAUCCAUGGUUUGAAGAACAGGCAGAUGAAUCUUACGAAUUCAAAAGCAACAAUCAAGACAGUAUUGAUGAAAAUCUGUUUGAUUAUAUAGUAGACAAUUGUUAUCCUGCUCGCAAAAGGUUCUUUCUGUUAUUCAUUAAAACUAUCCUCACUACAAUAUUCAUGGUAGUCUCUUUCCAAAUCUUACAAAAAACAGGAAAAUUUGUCAAAAUGAAGUUAUUGCAUGACACACUUUCUAUGAUAUUAAUUUUGAUAUCUCCUAAGUUAUUUUUGUUUUUCUCACAAAAGAAACCAGCGGAGGAAAUUGAGAAACAUGUUUCAGAAAUUGAAUCAUUAUAUAAUAAAUUUCUAAAAAGGGAAAAAAAAAGAUAUGAUAGAGAUUGUUUAUUCCUUUGUUAUAAAGAAAAUAUAACUGAUGGUAGUCGUCGUUUUAUUUGUCAGCUGUUGCGAAAAAGUUUUUGUGAUUUCAGUUGUACAUGUUGUAAUUCGUCAGGUUCCGAUGAGUUAUCUUCGUUGACUGACUUGAGGAAUCUUAAACAAGAUAACUCUGAUGCAGAAGAUAUUUUCGAGCUUACAGAGCAAAAAGAAAUUUUCGAACCAGACGAGACUAUAUCAGAGAUUCGCCAAACAGAAAAAGAGCCACUUCUAAAAAAGAAGUGAACUAUACCCUAUCUUAUACAGUAACAUGAAUACAUUUAAAUUGAAGUUUUAUAAAGACUAAGCAACACAAAUGUAUGUAACGAUAAAUUAAAUAUGGUUUUCAAAUAAUGUCGGAAUGUAUAAAAAAGAUAAAAUAAAUAUUGUUUUCCCUCGUAUCACUCAUCAAAGAUAUAAGGCUUGUAAUUAUUUAAGAAAUAAUUCAUGUGGGCUUGAAUAUAUCGUGAUUUUACCCCGGGUUGGCCCUUUAUGACAAAUAUUUUACUCUGAGCGAUAGCGAGGGGUAAAAUAUCGGCAUAAAGGGACAACCCGUGGUAAAAUCAUGAUAUAUUCAAGCCCCCAUGAAUUAUUUCGAUUCUAAUAGGACAAAUACGGCAAUUGUUUUGGAUCGAAGCGCUCUAGAUGAAGGCUUUAUUUGCCGUUCCCAUAAAUAAACGCACUAUUAAAUUGACGUAAAAGACCGGAGCAAACUGAAUAAAUGACAUGCUUAAACUAUUUACAAUAACAUAUUUAGAUAGGUUUGGAUGAAUCUAAAUGAUAAUUGUACUUAUAUGUCUUAUAUGUAUACAAAAAAAGGCUUAAAUAACACAUUUUAGCAUCGUUUGUUUAUGUUUCCUAGUUGUGAUGAUUUUCGGUUUCACAAGCGUGUAUUUUCCCGUAAAAUGCUUAUAUUCUUACGUCAUCGUUCUAUGACGUCGGGUAGCUCAUUCAUAAAAAAGCAUAUGACGCGGGAGUACGAUUGGAACAGCCCAAACAAUAUAUUCAUAUUUUACCACGGGUGUGUACUCAAAGCGUUUGAAGAACGUCAUGUUAGAAUUAGUAUUAAUUUAUAGAUUGUUGAUAUGAAGUCACUUUAAAUCUAAAAUAUCAGUUCCUCAAAUACAGUUAUGAAGAAAACAUAUGAUCGAAAUUUAGAAACGAUCCUGGUAAACUUGAGUAUUGUUUGUUUUGGUAAUAAUAUUAAUUUUGUAAUUCAGUUAUUGUUGUUUGUUGCAGUGGUGCAUAUUUGUUUUUGGUUAAUUUUUUGGUACAUUAAUUAGGCUUUCAGCUUUCUUUUUUUUCUCCUUUCAAUUGUUGAACAUUUGUCAUUUCGGGUCCUUUUAUAACUGACUAUGCGGUGUGUGAUUUGCUCAUUGUUGAAGGCGGUACGGUGAAUAAUAGUUGUUAAUUUCUGUGCCAUUUGGUUUUUUGUGAAGAGUUGUCUCAUCGACAAUCGCACUCAAUCUUCUUUUUAAAAUUAUGAAGACGAACAUCUGAAUCGACACUACAUGGGUUAUACAGUCACCAUAAUCAAUUGGUUGACUCAUACGAGGUGUCAAUACCACAACAAACUAGCAAAAUGUGUUCAUGGUAUAUUUGAUCUUUAAAUUCCAUAAAAGUCUUCAUGUCAGUUAACUUACUAACUUUGUCUUAUUUCGACAAUAUGACUAACUGUUUUGAAUCGCAUGAAAGAUGCAAAGGAAGUUACUUAGUAGAUUCACCCGGUCUGGCUCCUUUUGGAUUUUUUUUUUAUUAAUCAUAAUUUUGUCAUCAAAUGGAUUUGUGAGAUUUGAGCAUAUAUAAAACAACAGUUGCCUCUAAUUUAUUUUUUUGAUAGAAUACAAAAAUACAAUUAAAUUGAUUUUUAUUUGUUAUUGAUAAACAGUUGAAUGAUUGUGCGAUAAUUCUAUGUCGGUUCUUUUCCCAAAACAUGUGUUUUUUCUACAGGAAAUAGGGGUUAUUAAUUAUUUCCUUUAUCUUUACCUGAAAUUAUUUGCUGCUUUUGACAACAAACUUCUUUUUUUUAACUUUCCUAUGGCAAUUUGACAAAAAAUGAUUUGAUGAUUAUUUUCUUUGUUUUGUUUUAUAUUUAUAUAAUAUUUACUGUUGAUGUUAACAAAGACUUGAUUGUUAUUUUCAAAUGAUUUAGUAUAUGUUGAAUUGAAACUGUAACGUUUGGUUUUAGAUAUGUCCGUGUAAAUAUUAAAAUGAUAUAACAAAACAUAAGCAUAUCCAUAUAUUUGAAAUAUCUCAUGUCAUUAAUUUAAAAUGUAUUUAUGCAUCUUUGAUGUUAUUUUCAUUCAACAUCUGAUUUGAGCUUUUUGUCAAUAACUAUUUAGUAUUUGAUUGUUGCUGUUUUCAAAUUAUAAUUUCUUUCGUGAUUUGAUUGUUGUCGUUUUGUAUUUAUCAUGUGUUAUGUGUUUUGAUUGUAGCCUUUUAUAAAUGUAGCUAGUUACCAAUUAUCAUUUAAUGCCCGAUUGAAUUGAAAUUGUUUACCAAUUAUAAUUCAGUUUGUAUUUUAUUUAUAGACGUUUAUCAAUUAUCAUUAAAAGAGAUGCGGGAGAUACCAAAGGGAUAUUUAACUAAUAGUUUUGUUGUAGGGUAGGGUCCCAUGAAAUAAUUAUCCAAAUCUUAUUUAUUCGUAUAAUGAAGAAGAAAGACUGAUCAACAUUUUACAUAGUAGUCACUGACAUAAUUGAUUGAUCAAUUGUCUAUCAUAGACACCUAGUUAUUGAAGCUGAUAAUAAUAAUCAAGAUCGUUAAGUUUUAGACAUGAAUAUCUUUUUCUUUUUACAAUAUCUAUAUAAUACCCUUUGUUGACUAAUGUUGUACAGUAUAGACCUUACCACAUACAACUGUAAUCUUGAAAUGCUUCAUAAUCUCCAAAAACUUGCUGCAAGAUUAAUUAAAAUGUUUCGUUUUAUAUCCCAUCAUUUUUUGUGUUUCUUGAAUGGAUGACUAUAUUUACGAGGAUACUAUAUAAUCAAGCUGCAAUAAUGUUUAUAGUUAUCAAAGGUACCAGGAUUAUAAUUCAAUACGCCAGACGCGCGUUUUGUCUACAUAAGACUUAUCAGUGACGCUCAGAUCAAAAUAGUUAUAAAGCCAAACAAGUACAAAGUUGAAGAGCAUUGAGGACCCGAUGUUUCAAAAAAGUUAAAUAUAUGAAAGAUCUAACACUUGAUUAUCUAUCUACUUAAUUGACUGUAUCUACAUUACAUGUAUUAUUCGCUCAGGUCGACAAGAUUGGAUCUUCUUCAUAUAUCAGUCUGAUUUAUUUUUUUAACCUUUAAAUCAUCUGGUUUUGUUACUUGGAUUAAUUCACAAAAAACGAUACUAAGGUACUUAAUGAUUUUAGAUAAAUUCAAUUGAAUUAUCAAAAUUUUUAAACAAAAAAUCUACAGUUGGUAACAACGAUAUGCUUGAAAAAAAUUCAUCUGAAAUUUUGUAUACUUAUACUCCACGUUAAGUCUUCAACACCUAACUCUAUGAUUUAUGGCGAGUUAGGCAGAUAUCCAUUAUUAAUUGAUAUUAAGAAAAGAAUGAUUUUAUAUUGGACAAAAUUGUUCAACGGGAAAGAAACAAAAUUGUGCUCAAUUUUUAAUAAAUUAAUGACUCAAAUGGCACAUGAAACAAAUUUCCGAUCAACUUGGCUACAAAGCAUAGAAAACACCCUAAACGAAUAUGGAUUUUCAAGUAUAUGGACAUAUCAAAUCUUUUAUUAUGCAAAUUGGCUUAAGCGAAUUGUUAAAUUACAAGUACUUCAGGAGACCAGUUUACCCAAACCUGGUUCGCUAGUGUAGAAACCUCUGCAAAAACUCUGAACUACAUUCUGUUUAAAGAAUCGUUAAGAAUCCCUCCACUGUCAUAUUUUAAGGUCUUCCAUUAUAUAUACACUACACAUUUUUAACAUGCAAACAUACAUAUGUAUUUCCAUUGUAUUGUUUAUUCUUUCAUCAUAUGUACCUUUGUAAUAUUGAAUAAUGUGUAUGUUCUUCUGUUUACCUUUGUAUUUACAGCGAUUUAUCAGAUUAAUAUAGAUUCUACCACUGAAUCGAGUGUGAUACGAUAUUUGUCCACUCGAGACAGUUAAAUUUUCAAAUUUAAAACGCGAGGCUCGCCGAGCGUUUUAAAUAUUUAAAAUUUAACUGUCGAGAGUGGAUAAAUAUCGUAUUACACGAGAUUUGGUGGUGGAAUCUGUUUCUCUAAUGAUUUUCAAACAAUAUGCAGGCAAACUUAUUCUUUCUUUUCGAAUGAAUUGCAAAAAGGUGUGUUUUUUCUUUAUGACGUCAUCAGGCAUGGUCGCAUUUUUUCAUGCCGUCACAAUAGGAAAUUCAGAGGAAAGCAAGAAAAUUAUCAUUUGUCAUAAUCGGAUUUUAACCAAUGAAUAACCGAGAUCAAACGAACGACACGUUCUGGGUGCAGAAAGGGACAAAUUAACGAAGAAUUAGAGAAAAGUUUAUAUAUAACUUGAAAAAAAAAAAAAGAAUGAAAUACCGGAAUCAAAUAUAUUUAUUUUUCUAUUGAAUCCAUAUGUGCUUUUUCUCUCAAUAUGUAUGCUGCUUUAUAUAGUUAACUGUUUCAUGUACUUUGCUUGUAUGUAUUUUUUCUUUUGUUUAAUUUUAUAAAGGCCUUUCCGAUUUAAAUUUUCUUUGGAGUUAGAUAUUUUUGUUAUUUUCGUUUUUUCAAUUGUUUUGGAGGCCUCCGGGAAUAUUAACAUAAUAUUGUGCUUUUGUUUGUUAAAAAUACAUUUUAUUUAUAUAGUUAAUGUAUCUGUUUCCUUAAAAAUAUCAUAAAAAUGCUUUUUUUUUGUGGAGAAAAACAAAUUUCUGUUCUUUAAAUUAAAUUUUGAAACAUUGUA